AUGUUUAUAACCAAUACACUGCUAAAAAAAGCGAAAAGCAAACACAUUAUGGUUUUGAUGGAGAGUGUAGUAUCGGGACACAAAUUUAAUUACAUUCGGGAGCGGCUUGCAGAUAAGUUGGAGCUUAUUCGAUUUGACCCAUAUAUACAACAAGAAAGUCUUUACAAAGAAAGGAAGAAAAUAAGAAGUAUCAAGAAAUAA